CACAAUGAACCGUCAGAUGGUGAGGGGCACGCAUGUUGAGCCGAAGGUAUUAGCACGGUUUUAGAACAUUAUUAUUCUCAUUUGUGCCUUUCUUUUGAUGAACUUAAUCAAUUUAAAAACUACUGAUACGCUAUAUGGCGGUAACAAGGCUCAGCUGGAAACGGUUGGUUCGUCGAGUUUGGUAAAAACGAGGUCGAGGUCAGGCUCAGACUACCGUUAAGUUAGCCCCUCCUGGUGGAUUUUGUUUCGUUAUUUUUUUCUAGAUAAAGCCCACAAAACAAGGCAGAUAACAAUGUCGUUGACUGCUUCGUCUGAUUAUUUCGCUGCCGAGUGUCUGGUAUCGAUAUCCAGCGGUCCUGUCCUGCACAGACCCACCCCAGUCGCCCCUGCUACCCAGUCGGCCACGGUGGGCCUGCUCCCUGGAGACCCCGACGGGUCGAGUGAGGACAGGGAAGUGCGGGAGACACUGAGGCUGGAGGGGGCGAACAUGAUGACGGUGGCCGGUAUCCUCACCGACCUGCACGGCAAAUUCCGCCCCAUGUCGGCCUACUCGGAGAGCAGCAACUCCUCGUGUGGUGGAGAGAGCGGUUACACCACGUUGUCCGACCCGACCACCCCAACCAUGACCCCCUCCGCCACCCCGGUGCCCGGACAGCAGCAGCUGAGGGGGGGAGGAGGAGGCGUGGGGGCCCCGCGGUCCCCGGUGAAGCGACAUCAGUGCACUUUUGACGGUUGCGACAGAGUUUACGGGAAAUCGUCCCACCUGAAGGCACACAUCCGGACACACACAGGUGAGAGGCCCUUCCCAUGCACCUGGCCUGACUGUGAGAAGAAGUUUGCCCGCUCUGAUGAGCUUGCCCGCCACACCCGCACCCACACAGGGGAAAAGCGCUUCCUGUGCCCACUGUGCGAGAAGCGCUUCAUGCGCAGCGACCACCUGAUCAAGCAUGCCCGCCGCCAUCCUGACUUCCAGCCCUCAAUGUUGGGCCGCUACAAGGGCACAUCCUCUACUCCCAGCCCAGCCAUGCACCAUUAGGAUGGUUUGGGUUGGGGGUUCCUGGCAGGAGCGCAGAAGGUCACAGUGGUUUCAAGUUAACCAGCUACAGUCAGAUCCACUGAUUAGGAUUUAGCAUUGCUGUGUUGUACUCCAAAAUGUGCACGUAAUAACACAUACAUACAACACAACCCACACAGAGCUGGAUGUGAGGGGGGAAGCAGCUUCAUCCCUCCAUCAACACAGAUGAGUCGUGACCACUAUCCACCUACUCAACAUAACUAGGGUUGGUAGAACACUCCAAAUCUAUAAGAUGUGGGGAUUCGUUAAGAAAUGUGCUUUUCGAUUCCAUUUAUCGUUUCCUGAACGCAAAGUUUAGACCUACUGCACUUCAUUUACAUUGCCGGUUACACAUGUAUCAAAGCACGUGUAUAAUGUUUACAAUAUGACGGACUGGAGCUAGCUUUCAAAAGUUUAGCUAUGCUUCACAAAAGACAGUAAUGAUGCAGUGAAAUGUAAUAACUGCAUGAAAAUAAAUACAUGCAAGGAAAGAAAAUCAGUCUAAUAUGACAACACAUUUACUACAGAAUGUAAAAGAAUGCAUUUUUUUUUUAUGUCCUGUAUCAUGACAUAGUGCCAUUAAAUUACACUUUUUAUAGAUCAAAUAACCAGAAUGAAUGAACGACUGUCUGUUUUUGGUUAAUCCACCCAAUUAAAUACAGGGCUAAUCAAGGUACUUCAUCACAUUGAUGCAAAAUUCUGUGAAACAAUUAUGCCAUAAAACAGCCCCAGCCUUUAAUGCUUUUGAAAGCAUAAUCAAAUGUAAAACCAUUCAAUUUUUCCAUAGCACAAGAGCGAAUAUUUUUCUUUUGUUUUUAAUCAAAAAAAAAAAAUCUUCAACGUAACUUAAGCCUAAAGCUUAAAUAAAUAAAUGUGUUUUUUACUUACAACUUACUUUGGUUUCUUUUUUUACUCAGGAUUCGAUUAGAAUGGGAAUCGUUAAGCAGAUUUGAAUAGAUAAAAUGAACCCAACCCUAAACAAUAACCUCAUUUUCUCAAACACUUUCACAAAUUGCAGGGAUUUUUCACAUUUUCUGUAAGAAUCUGCACAUUUGUCAUCAGCCAAAACUCUGGUUUCUUGUGGUUAAUUUGUAGAUUGUUGUUGUGCUCUUCAGUACCAUUUAUUUACCAUGAGUAGCACAAAAUUGUGAUGUUUGGUAGUGAGGCAGUGACUAGAAGCCUUUAAGCUUUUUUUAUAGCUUUGCUGACUCCAUAUAAGUUUUAGUGGUGACACAUUCCUUCAUUUUUAUUGCAUUGGUAACUAUCAUUGAGGCGAUUUUGUAAUGUUUUCUUUAUAUCCAAUUUAACUAUAUAUCAAAUAUUGAUUUUGCCAGUAAGUGGAUCAAGCUUCACUGUAGAAGAGCUGUUUGCACGCCAUCCUUAAGUCUAGAUCAGUUAUCUCCCGUAAAUGCUGACACAUAAUACACAGUACUCGUAUUAUGUCUAAUACUGAUGCAAAUGUAUAUAAGCUUUUAAUGUAGAUAAAUGGUAAUGCUACUAGCUGCAGAAUUAAUAAAUGUCAUGAAUUUUAGUCCUUAUAUUAGGGGUAACAGUAUAUUCUUGAUAGGUUGGCAUUGCCUACGAGUGUCAGUGUGUAUGUGGUUUUAUUUACAUUUUUGCUAGCGACAGAACUGGGGAAAGUAUGCGAUAUCAAAAUAUUUUGAGAGGAAAAAGAGAUGGCAUGAGGUGAGCUUGACUUUCAGCCUGUUGCCUUCAAAGUAAAAGCGUUCAUCCCACUCAUCGGGGGCGUGGAGCCAGAUGGCAGAACGCAUUUCAGGAUCAGGUGUUUCGGUUGACGGUUUGACUUUCAGCAGCAGAUAAACCAGGAGUCUUACAUGUAGUGUUGAAAAGAAAAUCCUGUUAUAACUAUUAGUGUGUGCGAAAUUGGUCUAAAAACUACUACUACUACUCUGCUCCCAUUCAGGAAAGCUAUAGACCUUUAUCAAGGUGCACAUUUUGACUUGUCAAAGCAGCAACAGCACAGGUGCAACUAAUAUAAAUAGUAAGUUAAUAAUGGCUCUUUUCUAUGGAGGUGGUGUCAUUGAACCAGCAGGCACUUGUAAAUGUUAUUUGUUACACUUGUGUUUGACAAGUCAACAUGUCCACUGAUAAAGAAACAUUACUAUGUACAAAUGUGGAUUUGUUAAGAACCUGUUCAGUACAUUUAAGUCAACGGACACCUAAAUAUUCCUAUAUGCCAAAAAAAAGUGAAUAAUCCUCAUGCAUUUCAGGAAAAAUAACAUACACGAGCAAACCUCAAGUAAUUUAGAUAUUUCAAAUCUAUUUGAGUACAUACAGUAUCCAGGUCUGAUAAUAGAGGUAGAAUCUUUUUCUUUUUUUUCUUCUUUUUUUUUUAUAAAUGUUUCCACACUGUUUGUCCAGCUCAUGGACAUAUUCUUUAUCUCAGUGAACAACACUUAAGGCCUUAAACUAUGUCAUAUCUACUUUGCACCAUGUUUACAGUUGGAUCAUUGUAUAGGUAUAUAUGCCCUCCUGUGGGCUCAUCACAGAUACUCAUUAUGCAAUAUGGCACUUUUUUCUUACAGGUGAAUAUGGCUGAAUAGUGUAAUGGCUUGCACUGUAUAUGCUUCUACAAGCAAGCACUGUGGAACUUGUUGAUAACCAAUGGUUUGUAAUACUGCCUUUUUGUCCAAGUGCUUUAGAAAGCGUGAUACAAGAAGUGGGUAGUUUUGUUUCUGUUCUUUUGUGUGUCUGUGUGUGUGUGUGUGUGUGUUUGCUUAGUCAUCCAGGCCAUUUCUUGUUGUAGAAUUUGUAUUUUUUUUUUUCUUUUUCUAAAUGGAAUACGCUUCAUUGGUGUUUCCAGAUCUGUCGACUUUGUCUUCUUCACACUAAGAUUACAAAUGUCUUCCUUAUUCAUAUGUCAAACCAUCUAUGUACCAAUUCACUGUUGAUCUCAUUUUCAUGGGAGCUGCACUCAUGAAUGCAAUGCUUUUGAAGUUUUUUACACAUUCCUUCUUCAGAGGUUCGAUCUGUUGACAGUUUUUGGUUUCUGCUGGCAGUAACCACGAACACAUGGACUGUUUAACAAAAGAACACACAGAGUAUACUUGUAUUUUACGUCUAUAAAUGGAAACAUUUACUUACCUCUCACUGAUGGGAGUGGCUUCCCACACUGACUCUGUCCGGGUCUCAAAGCUAUAAUAUCACAAUAAGAACAUACCUAACUUAUUUUGUCUUUUAUCGGUGUCUUUACAAGAUCCAUCCAACCUGUCUUUCAGAAAGUCCCAUAAAGCCAUCGAGCCUUGGAUUUCACAACUUAUUUAGUUAUCAGCUAGAUGGCCUGCUAUGUACCCUUUGUCCUUAUCUUGUCUUUAUAUGCAACAUCACUACUACCUGUGUAGCAGCAGAAUUUCCUUUUCCAUGCCUCAAUGAACUUCUGUUGUUAAUAGACCGUAGCAAAUGAAUCUCUGGGAUAAAUCCAGGCUCUGUCAUUAAAGCCCGGCAGGAGUUUUUGUUAUCAAGAGCCUCACUGCUGCCUCAAGCAGAGGCUUAAAAGGGGUAUUAAAAUGUAAAGAAAAAUGACCUGUAGACUGUCACUUCACUGCAGAUUUCAAUUGAAAGAGCUCAGUCCAAAUCUAUUUGUUCAUAUCACUGAAUGUGGCUUGAUGACAGAUGAGCGUUAUCCACUUUGGAUUUAAUUUUUGCUGCCUCGCUGAGAAAGAAAACGCGACAAUUUUUCUUGUCACCACACUAAUUCAGAUAUGCACAUUGUACAGAAAUGGAUGUUUUUAAAAUUGAUGCCUAGUUUUUACAUUAAUGUAAUUUUAAAAAAAAAUCAAGCUGUUUUGAUAUUUAUAUUCUCAGGUGUCUUACAUUUUGAGCAUUGGAUUUUCAAAUCUUUCCUGUGCAACACCUCAGUACAAGCAUGGUUUAUUUCUUUUGUUAUGCUGAUUAAUUUAUUCCAAAAAAAUAUCAUUUUGUGUGGUUUAAUUCAUUAUUCUUUUCAUAACACAUUUUGUGACAUGGAACAGUCCUAUUAAAUGGUUAAAUGCUUCCAUUGUUUGCUUGACAUGAAAAUACCAGUGCUUUUUUUAAAGAAUAAAAAUCCUGAAGUUGA